CGCUCAGACGGCGAUCAGCUGGCCUGUCAAAAUAUUACGCAGCGCGUGCGGUUAUGUUUGUGUUAGUGUGUCGCUGCACUACACGUUGAAGACAUGGCAGCCAAAAUGGAGCUCGCGCCCCUCAGACCGUGGGAUGACUUCUUCCCCGGGAUGGACCGGUUCGCCAAACCCGAGUUUGGAGAUUUAACGAAGUGGAACAACAGAGUCAUCAGUAAUUUACUGUACUACCAGACCAAUUACUUCGCCGUGGCCGUGGUGGUUUUCCUCAUCGUGGGCUUCAUGAACCCAUUUGGCAUGUUCCUGGGAGGAGCCGUGGUGACUCUGGUCUUCAUGGGUUCAGUGUGGGCAGGAGAGAACAAGGCCAUGGUCAAGAACUUCAAAAGGAAGAACCCCACGCUGUUUGUCAUCGGGGUGAUGGUGACCAGUUACUUUCUGCUGUCACUGUGUGGGGGCGUCAUGGUCUUCAUCUUUGGAAUCACCUUCCCUUUGCUGUUAAUUCUGAUCCAUGCCUCUCUGAGACUGCGCAACAUGAAGAACAGACUGGAGAACAAGAUUGAGGGUGUUGGGCUGAAGAGGACCCCCAUGGGCGUCAUCAUGGACCUCCUGGAUCAGCAGGAGGAGAAAAUAAACAAGAUUCAGGAUUUCAUCGAAGGCAAACUGAAGGAAUAAGAAGCUAGCCAAACGUGUGCCAAGGGGAGUUCAGUGUCAUACAGUAUGGAUUAAAAUUUCCAUAGCAUAGUACCAUGUGUCAAGUUUUAUCCCCCUUAUACACGUAAAGUUACUGAUGUUUGCAUUCCCAUACUUUAUACCCAUUAUACUUUACUAUCUUUUGUGCGACUGUACUCACAGAUGGGUCGUAACAUUAGAAUGAGAUUUGCACAAUCGCAGCGUGGAUUGGAUGUUGAAAGGCAAUGGGCACCAAAGGUUACCAAAGGUCAUUCCUGUGUCAAAGCGUGUUCCAAAAACAAAUCAUUUGUCGCACUUUGUUCCCCAUGACGACUGAGUAUUUAUUUCAGCAAAAUGAAGCAGAAUGUCUCGACACAAUAUCUAACGCUGUUCUGUUUGUUCUAAAGUAGGAAUCAGAUUCUUUCAGUUUGCUACCUCAGUACAAGCAUGUUUGAUUUACCCAACACCCAGUGAACUGUUAACUGCUUAUUGAACAGCAAUAACUCCCAUCUUGGACCUGUAUGAGUACUGGUUUGAGACCAGUUUGCUUCUUGUGUAGACCUGGUUAUAUGGCCUGACUAAUAAGAGUUUAAAUAUUCCUGUUCUCAAAAAAAUGUGUGCACACAGUCUCUGACCGUCCAGGCUGGCCUGAGUGUUUCCCCUCUGAUCACAGCUAUGCAAUAUUGAAAAAUGAAUGGCAAGUGCAGCUUUAUUGUUUGAAUAUUAUGUCAUGAUAUGUACAUGUUUGUUGUUAUUUCUGAUGCGUCUUUAUUUUCAUAAUAUAGCAUGCAGCAAAUGUAUAAAAUGACUACAGGAUAAGUACAGAAUUUUGGCAGUGACACUAAUUUUUGAUUAAAUUAAUUAACUUACCCAGGUUGUUUUCCCCGUUUAAAUCCCCAUUCCUUGUAAAAAAAAAAAUAAAAAAUAAAAAAUCUAAAUUAUAUUUAUCAUCUGUAAUGUUAAGUGUUCAUUUGAUACCGUCACUCCUGAUAGAAAGAGCAGUUGUUUCCUGUUACGUCUCCACACGUGCACUAACUGCAGUUUGUGCAUGCUACCUUCACAAACGGCAGUUCACAAAGAUUGUUUAUGUUAGUGGAUGCGAUAUGAUAUAUUCUCUGUUUUUAUGUGACUUUUUCAUUCUUGGAAAGUGAUUAAAUCACAGAACUGGAAGUGAAACAUGGCUGUCCUCUAUAAAAAUAAAGAUAACCUGAAUUAUGUUGCAGUCUUUUCCCAAA